AGUUUUAAUAUGUUUAAAUCUUAUACUCCAAGCAGGAACUUUUUUGUGCUAAUCUGAUGCUGUUUGUGCAUUCGUAGUUAAUCUAAAUUCCCAUGUUAAGUUAUUGGAUGAAAUGAUAUCUACAGACAAACUAAAUUUCAUCUGACUAUUUGAUUGUACACAGACUCACAGCAACACACACACACCUCAGUUUUUGAGUGACCUCUAUUUAUAUUUAAAAAAUGAAAAAGGGCUGUAUCUUGCCACAAGAUAAUUCAAAACAUAAGGCAAACUGAACAGAAAAAAAUAGUGAGGAAGUUUUGCCAUGACCCUCUUCGUCUCCAGACCUGGUUUUGAGAAAGGCAGUGUGUUUCACCUGGAAGAUUUAUAGGAUAUGUCAAGAAGAAUAGGCACAAACUGGCCAAACAGUCUGACAAAGUUAGAGUGAGGUGUCAGGGAGAAUGCAGGCGAGUGUUACAGCUGAGAAGAUCCAAAAGCUUUUCAGAGAAUACAAAAGAGGCUGGAGGCAGUUAUAAAGACAAGAUAUUAGAAAACAUUUGUAUCACAUUUAUAUUGCAUACAAAACUACUGACAUAUGCACUACUUGACCGUUUUUGUUGCUAUGAUAUUGACAUUAAAGAGACGUGAGAGCUAACGUGUGAAUAUAUGCAUUUAUUUGCACUAAAAUGUGCAUUAUAACAGAAUACUAGGCUGCUAAAUAGUACGCAGUGUAUGGUGCACACUUUAGACACAUGCCUACUACUGAGAUGGAUAGUAUGAAGAGUAUGUAGUUUUGGACGCUCGUUCUCUCACCCCUCCUUCUCACGUAGCGGCCUACGCUUCCUUGGCCAAUCAACUUUCUCUCCUCCAGCUAUAAGAGCGCCCCAACUUUUUGUCCCAAGUCAACUUUAUUCUGGCGCCUGGAAAUCUGGAUACAUUUUUUUUUUUUUUUGUUCUUCUUGUUUAAAAUUUUCAUCCAAAGCACAUUAUUCCAACGCAAGCCAAUGACUGAAUAAACGCGCCGUUCUGCCGCGCCUCGGAAGUAAAGAGAUGCCCGACGAAGCUGUGCAAGACGGAUCGAGCUGCCCUGUGUCUCCGGUGGACAGCGUCCCGAGCAGCAUCGAAGGCGAGCUCGAGCGGGAAACCAAGAAGAGCGUGCGGAAAAGACGCUCGAGCCGCAAGGACGCCGAGGACUCGGACAGCUCUGUGCCGGGAAAGAGAGGGAAGAAGUCGUGCAGCGGAAGCGGCGGAAGCGGGGGAAGCAGCGGCAGCCCGCCGUCUUUCGAGGAGCUUCAGUCGCAGCGUGUCAUGGCUAACGUGCGCGAGCGGCAGAGGACGCAGUCCCUGAACGAGGCCUUCGCCGCGCUGCGUAAGAUCAUCCCCACGCUCCCUUCUGACAAGCUGAGCAAGAUCCAGACACUUAAGCUCGCCGCGCGCUACAUCGACUUCCUGUGCCAGGUACUGCAGAGCGACGAGCUCGACUCAAAGAUGGCAAGCUGCAGCUACGUGGCCCACGAGCGCCUCAGCUACGCGUUCUCCGUGUGGCGCAUGGAGGGCGCGUGGUCCAUGUCGGCGUCUCACUAGCGCGCGCCACAAACUCAACGCGCAUGGGACGGCUCGCGCGCUGGACGGUGACAGUCGUCUUUGCUGACAAGGCAAACAGGAGCGAUGUUUGAAAACAAUGCUGGAUACUUACAUUACUUUCAGUAGUGCGGAAAAGACUGUUAUGGACGCUUUAGCAGCGGAAAGCAGAGCUUUAUGGAAAGGAGGCCGCAGAUGAUGUCUUCUGAAGCGCUUGGCCCAGAGUGAUAGCGUUGACGCUGAAUGUCUGAAGUGUGUGUGUGUGUGACGAUGCGCACCUUUACACCAGAACAGCACAAACCGCAGCCUGCAUCCAGGAGCUUGGUACUGAAGUAAACUAGGACAUGUACUUCCAAAUUUAUUUAUUUAUUAUUGACACGAGUUGUCAAAUGUGCCAAAUGUGUUUGUGUCAAAAUGAAUCCCUAUUUUUAUUACUUUUGUAAAUAAAUGUGCAUUUCUGUAAUAAAGGUGACGAAUUUUA